CCUCUCGAAGCUCUUUCUUCAACUGAAGAAUCAUUGAAGACGAAGAAGAAGAAGGAAUAAAAGAUGAAAGAGAAAUUAAACCCCAAAAUCAGAAAACCCAAUAAUUCAUCUUCAAAGAAGGUCACAGUUUCGUUUCUCUCUGUUUUCUUUGUUUUCGUCUUCGUUAAUACUUUCUUCUAUCCAAGUUUUUACUCUGAUUCUGGCUCAAUUCGUCGCAAUCUCGUCGAUUCUCGAGAAAGUUUUGAUUUUCCUGAAAAAUUGCGUAAAACGAAGGUUUACAUGUACGGCUUGCCGACGAAUUUUACUCACGGAGUUAUCCAGCAACACGGAGGAGAGAAAUCUGAUGACGUAACCGGGUUGAAAUAUCCGGGUCAUCAACAUAUGCAUUAGUGGUAUCUUUAUUCAGAUCUUACCCGACCCAAAAUUGAACGGGUCGGGUCUCCGAUUGUCAGGCUUUUUGACCCUGCUGAGGCAGAUUUGUUCUUUGUUGCGGCUUUCUCCUCUCUAAGCUUGAUUGUGAAUUCGGAUCGACCCGAGUUCGGAUCCGGGUUUGGGUAUAGUGAGGAGGUGAUGCAGGAGAGUUUGGUGAGUUGGUUGGAAGGUCAAGAGUGGUGUAGGAGGAACAAUGGGAGGGAUCAUGUGAUUGUUGCGGGUGACCCGAAUGCGUUGAACCGGGUUAUGGAUCGGGUUAAGAAUGCGGUUUUGCUUGUGACGGAUUUAGGUUGGUUUAGAGCUGACCAAGGGUCCCUUGUGAAAGACGUAAUAAUACCUUAUUCUCAUAGGGUUGAUGCUUAUGAAGGCGAGCUUGGAGUUAAGCAGAGGAACAACUUGUUGUUCUUUAUGGGAAACUGAUAUCGCAAAGAUGGAGGCAGAGUCCGAGAUUUGCUUUUCAAGCUUCUUGAGAACGAAGAGGAUGUUGUUAUCAAACACGGAACACAAUCAAGAGAGAAUAGGCGUGCGGCUAAACAAGGAAUGCAUACGUCUAAGUUUUGUCUACAUUCAGCUGGUGAUACUCAUUCAGCUUGCAGAUUAUUUGAUGCCAUUGCCAGUUUAUGUGUCCCUGUGAUUGUAAGCGAUGGCAUUGAGCUACCUUUUGAAGAUGUUAUAGAUUACAGAAAGUUUUCUAUAUUCUAGGAUGCCGCUUUGAAACCGGGGUUUGUGGUUAAGAAGCUGAGAAAAGUGAAACCAGAAAAGAUAUUAAAGUACCAAAAGGCUAUGAAAGAGGUUAGGCGAUAUAUUGACUAUACGCAUCCAAAUGGAAGUGUGAAUGAGAUCUGGAGACAAGUUACCAAGAAGAUACCACUAAUCAAACUGAUGAUUAAUCGGGAGAAGCGCAUGAUCAAGAGAGAAGGAAGUGACCUUCAAUGUUCUUGUUUAUGCUUAAACCAAACCGGGAUCAUCCAUGGUGUUUAG